GGGCGCACGGCCGGCGACCAUGCAUCAUUCACGCGCGCGAUAACUGAUAGUCACAUGUGCUGCCUGGGUCACUCACUUGAGCACAAUACACCUUGGGAUUGCGGUAAAGAUGGCGAACAAAGAUGAUACUGCCAUGACGGACGCAAACGCCAAAUCAGCGGAUUCAUGCGACCUUGGUGAUUUGCUUCAAACAAACCACGGCGACGCGUUCCUGUUCACCGAGUCCGAGGCGCUAGCCCUCGAGCUCUAUGACCAGCUUCAGGAGCUUGAGCUGCAACAGAGCUUGUUACGAGGGCAAGAAACAGCGCGUGGGCCUGAUGUCUCAAGUCUCUCAGAUGAUGACCUGCAAGAGCAGCUGAUCGUGGCCGAGCGCGAGGCUAUGGAAGCAAAGGCAGAGUACGAGUUGCGCAACAGGAUCAUCCACAAUGUUCUUGUCACGGAUCCGGUGCUCAAGGCUAUCCAUGGGGUUGAAGAGAUUGACGUUGCCGAGAGGCGCUUACUGCCUCUGAUCACCGAGAACGAUACCGUAGCUAUGGUGCAAGGCCAUCUGAGUUCCAAGCUUGCUUCUUCGACACAUGCCCUGGUCACAGUAGAGCAGGCAAACAUUGUUGCAAAUCAGAAGAACAGAGAAUUGUCUAAAGCCAUGCUCGCUCUGGCAGAGGCAAUGAAGGCACAGUCAGCAGAAGAUAUUGAAGACCCGAACUUGCGCGAGCAGAUCAAAGUGGUGGAGAACGAACUGAAGGAGUCAAGAAGAAGGAUGAAGACACUCAAGGGCAUCCUUUCAGCGAUGAUCGUUGGCAGCGGCAUAAACUGGGCGGCGGACGAAAACCUAACCGAGCUUGUUCUGGACGAUGAGGAUGAUUGAAAGCCUACAGAUCCGGGCAAGAUGAGCAGUCACUUCGGUUGAAAUUUUCAACAGCAUCUUCAAAUGUAGGUAUCUAUCUUGUUGCUUGCUAUUGCCGGCUUCCGCUGCUCGCCAAGGGCAUGCGGUGAUGUAAACCGGGCACUUUCAGCGCUUCCUGGAAGUACACCGCAAGAAGUAGUGCGCGAGGGAGGGCGACCAAGAAGAGCCUAAAGCAUCACAAGCGCUGCGAGGAGCUGUAGAAGAAAGACGGUACUG